UUCUGUGCGUUUUCGUUUACUGCGUUGGCGACACUGCUAACACCAAAAAUCUUUGUUGAUUCUGUUUUGAAUAUUGUGUUUAUGGUUGGUGUGUGUGUGUGUGUGUGUGUAUGUGUUAUGUUUGGUAAGAGUUAAUUGGAGACCAGGAUAAGUCUAUUACUGAAAUUGUGGCUCAGAAGAAACCCCCAUACAUCCUACUUUCCAUUUCCGGUGGUGAGCAACAUUUCUGGGUCAUGGAUCGGAAAUAUAAUCACCGGCUGCUGACCCACGUCCAUCUCAUCCCUGAGCCAAUUAUAGACAGAGGGCAGGUACAAUACGGUUCUCCGGCCCCAGCAAAACGACGUGUGGUGCAGCAGCAGCAGCCACAGAUGCGUGAGGUGCGUCCGCGUCUGCUGCUGCAUACUCCUGAGGUGCGUCCACGUCUGCUGCUGCGUACGCCUGAGGUGAGGCCGCCUCUGCUGCAGACACCUGAGGCGCGGUUGAUUCCGCUGCAGACGUCUGAGGCCGAGGCGCCUCUACUGCAGAUACCUGAGCUGCGGCGGCCUCUGCUGCAGACGCCUGAGAUGCGGCCGCCUCUGUUGCAAACACCUGAUGCACGGCGGCCUCUGCUGCAGACGCAUGAGGUGCAGCCCCUUGUGUUGCAAACACCUGAUGUGCGGCUGCCCCUGCUGCAGACGCCUGAGGCACAGGCACCUCUGCUGCAAACACUUGAGGUGCGGUCACCUCUACUGCAAACACCUGAAGUGCGUCCGCCUCUUCUCCAAACGCCUAAUGUGCGGGAGCCUCUGCUGCAGACGCCUGAUGUGCGGGAGCCUCUGCUGCAGACGCGUGAUGUGCGGGAGCCUCUGCUGCAGACGCCUGAUGUGCGGGAGCCUCUGCUGCAGACGCCUGAUGUGCGGGAGCCUCUGCUGCAGACGCCUGAUGUGCAGGAGCCUCUGCUGCAGACGCCUGAUGUGCGGGAGCCUCUGCUGCAGACGCCUGAUGUGCGGAAGCCUCUGCUGCAGACACCUGAUGUGCGGGAGCCUCUGCUGCAGACACCUGAGGUGCGGAAGCCUCUGCUGCAGGCACCUGAUGCGUGGCCGCCUCUGCUGGAGACACCUGAGGUGCGGGAACCUCUGCUGCAGACGCCUGAGGCGCGGGAACCUCUGCUGCAGACACCUGAUGUGCGGCCCCGUCUGCUGCAGAAGCCAGAUUCGCGGCCGCCUCUGCUGCUGGCGCCUGAUUUGCGGCCGCCUCUGCUGCAGGCGCCGGAUGCGCGGCCGCCUCUGCUGGAGACGCCUGAUGCGCGGCCGCAUCUGCUGGAGACACCUGAUGCGCGGCUGCAUCUGCUGGAGACGCCUGAUGCGCGGCCACAUCUGCUGGAGACGCCUGAUGCGCGGCCGCAUCUGCUGGAGACGCCUGAUGCGCGGCCGCAUCUGCUGGAGACGCCUGAUGCACGGCCGCAUCUGCUGGAGACGCCUGAUGCGCGGCCGCCUCUGCUGCAGGCGCCUGAUGCGCGGCCGCCUCUGCUGCAGGCGCCUGAUGCGCGGCCGCCUCUGCUGGAGACGCCUGAUGCGCGGCCGCAUCUGCUGGAGACGCCUGAUGCGCGGCCGCAUCUGCUGGAGACGCCUGAUGCGCGGCCGCAUCUGCUGGAGACGCCUGAAGCGCGGCCGCAUCUGCUGGAGACGUCUGAUGCGCGGCCGCCUCUGCUGCAGGCGCCUGAUGCGCGGCCGCCUCUACUGCAGGCGCCUGAUGCGCGGCCGCAUCUGCUGGAGACGCCUGAUGCGCGGCCGCAUCUGCUGGAGACGCCUGAUGCGCGGCGGCAUCUGCUGGAGACGCCUGAUGCGCGGCGGCAUCUGCUGGAGACGCCUGAUGCGCGGCCGCAUCUGCUGCAGACGCCUGAUGCGCGUCCGCCUCUGCUGCAGGCGCCUGAUGCGCGUACACCUCUGCUGCAGGCGCCUGAUGCGCGACCGCCUCUGCUGGAGACGCCUGAUGCGCGGCGGCCUCUGCUGGAGACGCCUGAUGCGAGGUCACGUCUGCUGCAAACACCUGAGGUUCGUUCACCUCUCUUGCGAACGCCUGAUGCGCGGCCGGCUCUGCAGCAGACAUUUAAGGCACGGCCGUCUCUGCUGCGGACGCAGCUGCUGGCGCAGCAGAGUCAACAUCCGUCCGUGACACAGGGCCCUGUGGCAACUGUAGCUACGCCGCAAGUGACGAGCACAGUCACAGAGGCAGAUCAAAACCCAAGUUCUAGAAAGCAGCAGAAAAUUUAUCAUCAUGGCCAUCAACAAACAAAUAUUGCCGCUGAAACUUAUUCCCCAUUUUACUUGGGAUUUCUUCCUGCUGAAACUUCUCCUUAUGAGAAGUGAAUCUACAAAUUCAGAAAAAGAGCCCCAUUUAGUAGAAUGGGAGAGGAACAUCGAAAGUCCAGUUAAGAAAUGGAAACAACAAUAAGCAGGUGGAUUGAACUCAUCUAGGGGUGAGAAGUCAUGUACCCACAUGAUGUGUACCACAAAUCCAGUUUCAGCUCACCGCAGGUCUGGGAAGGAAGUUUUAGAGUGCUGCAGAGGUAAAUUCGAGAGUAUGGGGAAGUUAACACAGAAGUGAACUUUGGCAAAGUGUCUGUCACUGACUCAUUCCUUUACCAUUUGCAGAACAAAUUCGUCUCCUUUUUAAGGUUUUGCAAAUCACCACUAUGUAGUGCUGUUGAGAUGUGACAUGACUAUGGUUUAAAACUUCUCAUUUUUAUUGUUGAAACAAUGGAAGCUUUGAAUUUGCCUGAUUACUUUGUUUACAGUGAGUGUUUAACAAAAUUGUGUAGACAAAAAGUGUAAAAGUUUUUGCUGAAUUUUCUUUAAAGACUUGCAUAAAAGCCUAACUCUACAGUGGUACCUCAAAUUGCUUUGUUCAACUUUUUGUAAUCGAUUGCUUUCAGAAAAAAUAUCUGUUCCCUGUGGGUGUUGCGCAGUACGAUCGAAGCUUAAAAAUGAAACUUGCGUCAGUUAGUGAAAUAAAUUGCUAAAAAAUUUUGACUUGGGAAAGGAAAAAUUCAUAAGCAACCCUGUAGCAGGAGGCUCAUCUCACUUAUACAAGGGCUGUCUGAAAAGUUCUCAGCCUGAUAGUGAAUAUGACAGUUUAUGCUAUCAAAGAGUAUAUUUCAUCCAGCAUCGUUAGAUUGCUGCUAUCCCCUCUGUGUAGUGUUCUUCCAGAGUGCUGCAAAGUAUCCAUGUAAAGCCACAGUGGCUUCUCCAUUGGAUAGAAAGACCUGACCAGUGAGGAAUGUCUUCAGUUUUGAGAACAGAUGGAAGUUUGAGGUAGCCAAAUCUGGGGAAUAUGGUGGAUGUUCCAGCACUUGAUGAACAAAUCCUGCAAUUUCCCCAUUGGCAAGACCCUUUCAUGGGUCUGAUGGAAGAUUAUUUUUUUUUUUCUUCUUUAGGCUGUUUGUUUUCACAACUGCUUGCAUCCAAUAUUGUGAGAAGUUGAGUGCAGUAUUCUCCAGUUAUGGUUUUACAUUUUUCAAGACAGACAAUCAAUAAAAUUCCUUUUGCAUUCCAGAACACCAACACUAUGAUCUUUCCCUCCGAUGGCUGUGUCCUUGCCAUCUUUGUAGCUUGCAUUCACUGUAUAGUCUGCUGUUUGGAUGUGGGUGUGUAGUGGUAAAGCCAUUUUUCAUCCACUGUCAUGACUGUCAACACAAAAAGUCACUUCUGUUUUUCUUAAAAUGCACCAAGCACUUUUCGGAAAGUGUAAUGUGAAUGCAAUUUUGAUCCUCAGUGAGCAUACGUGGCACCCAUCUUGCACAAAGGUUUCUCAUAUUCAGUUCCUAGUGGAAGAUGUGAUCAUCACAUUCCUUUGAUAUCCCUAGAGCAUUAGCAAUUUCAAUCGCCUUUAUACGCCAGUCUUCCAAAAUCAUACCAUGGACUUUGUCAUUGAUUUCUGGUGCAUUUGCAGUUUUUGGACAUCUUCCUUGUGAAUUAUCUUGGACACUUUCAAGGCCGUGUUUAAACUCUGCAGCCAAGGUACAGAGCCGUUAUGCAUAUUUACAAGCCACAAAUGAAUUUUGGUCAGUGUUAUUCCUUCUUUUAUGAAUAAGUUAAUCACUGUACAAUUUUCAAUUUUUUCCAUUUUCAACACCACACAUAUCACAACUACUUCAAAUGACUGCCUACAGUCAACUUGCAAUGUUACAUGGUGUCUGUAACAUGUGUACCAACAUAAGGGGGAAAAUAUCACGCAAGUAGUGCUGUGAUCUCUGGGUGCGGCUGAGAACUUUUUAUUCAGCCGUCAUAUUUGUACGAGCUGGAAAGUAUGCAGCAAUCAAGUGUGUCCUAAUAAAAGUAACAAAAGUAGUUUCUUGGCGAAGCACUUCCGAGAGAGAGACGACUUAUUUCUCUAGUCAUACUGGGCUACCUUGACAUUUCUUUAGAGGACAUAAGUUAACACUGAAUGGUAUACAACAAUAUUGUUUGUCGUCAGUUAAAAUAGGGAAAACCACCUAAAAUGUUGCAGCAUUCUUUAUCACGGAAAUGCCGUCUGACUCAAAAUGUCAAAUAGUUGAUUAUUUGACAGAGAAAAACAUCAGAUUUACAUCUCUUUAGUUGUAUUAUGACCUAAAAAGUUAUUUUUGUUUGUUUUGUGUAAGUAAAAAAUUACGUAGACAGUGAUUUCCAUCUACUCAGAAAGCUAUUGAAUCCUCCCAAACCACAUUAUCAAAGAUAUCAACAUCAGAGAGGAAAAACGUUUCCAUAAUUGGAUCGAACAAAUGCAAAGCUGCAUAAAUUUUAUAGACACGUAUUUUGAGCAACAAUAGAAUGAUUUGUACAAAAAAAUGUUCUUUUUCAACUAUUUUUAUAAAUACAUAAAAGGCAGCCAUUGUAGUAAGUGUUGUCAAAUAUAUGCCUCUGAUUUGUUUCAUAUGUGUGUGUCUGUCUGCCACUGCUUGCUAAAAGAUUCUUUGUAAAUUUUGCGGAACAGUUUUGUACUGUUCUGUUUGUAACUACACUCAUGUUUAUACUCUGAACUUCUCUUACAGUUUACUAUGGAAAAUAACCACAUAAUGUUCUUUGUGAACAUGUGUGCCGUGGAACUGAAAACACUCAGCAAGCAAGAUCUUAAAGUGCCGUACAUCUCCAACAGUUUUGUAGAGUUGAAGACGGCAGAGAAAAGGAAAAGUACUGGAAGUUCUGCUUCCAGUAUAGGAAAUAAUUGGUCACUGGCUGAUAUGUUAACAUUUUUAAACAAUGGAUCACAAGCGAGUAAGUACAUCCAAUGUUGAGGCAGAUGAAGUGCAAAGCCCACAAUAUGAUGGUGAACUGAUUAACAGAGAGGUGUGCCAGACAUUGCCAACUUUGUCAGAAAAAGAAAUUUUUUUCUGAAGACGUGGAAGACAUCGCAUCAUUCAGACCACCCAGGAAAAGGUCACAACAAAAUGAAAAAAAAUCAUGGAGUUGAUGAAUUCUAAGCAGGCCGAGAGAGAAACCAUAAUGAAAAGACUGCCUGAAGCGUGAUGAUGGCAUCGAUUUAUUUUUUAAAAGUAUCGCCUGCAGCGUAAAAAAAUUGAAUCACAAUUUGAUCAAUGAAGUCAAAUUGAGAUCCUUGCAGAUGCUUGUUGAUUUGGAGAAUCACAGUUAAUUUGAAUACUACUCUUCCAUGUGUCUUUCAUCUCCAAGUACUUUUUCAUACUCAACAACUCCAACACAUUGCCAACUUUGUCAGAAAAAGAAUUUUUUUUUUUUUUUCCUGAAGAUGUGGAGGACAUCGCAUCAUUCAGACCACCACAGAGACCGAAAUGCCAGCUUAUUAAUGCAUUUAAUGUUGCAAUAAGUGUUAAUUUCAUAUUUUUGUAUUGUGCAAUUUUCAUUUUUUAUACUUUGUGCAUUAUUAAUAAAGCAGUAACACAUUAACAAA